AUGUGGCGCGUACGUUGGCCCUGCGCGGUCUUCAUCGCCAUCAUCACUGUUGCUGAUCUGAACGUAGAGAGCAAAAGCACCCCAUUGCCAAAGUUUACCAAGAUAAAAGCUGCUGACAAGAUAGCCACUGAUGGCCUGGAUGCGUCUGACACGCCACCCACUGAAGACAGCCUCUUCACGGACACAGCCGAAAUGCGCGAUGCCACGAUGGAGCUGUCCACCCCGAACUAUGCCUUCCGAACGCCCACCACUCUCUUCCCAUUUGAGAACUUUACCCUUGACUCAUCUGACUUCUUCUUUAACUGUUGUGAUUGCUGUCCUGCAGCCCCAGGGGAGAAAGGGGAUCCCGGAGAACCAGGGUUGCCAGGUCUUAAAGGAGAGGCGGGAGAAAAAGGUCUUCAGGGUCUACCAGGAAUUCCUGGACUGCAAGGAUCAAAGGGAAUCAGAGGAGACAAAGGAGAUAAAGGAGAACAUGGUGACCCAGGAGCAAAUGGACUCCCAGGAUAUCCAGGCAAACCAGGAGAACAAGGUGAACUUGGAUUUAAAGGAGACAAAGGAAACUACGGCCUGCCUGGAGCCAAGGGGCAAAAGGGUUCCAAGGGGGAAACCUGUGAGAACGGAACCAAAGGAGAGAAGGGGGACAAAGGGGAGCUGGGAUUACCAGGCAUUGAUGGGGAGAUUGGAGAGAAGGGAGAAAAGGGGGACCUUGGUGAAAAGGGCUACUGUGGGGAUCCAGGCGAUCAGGGUGAAAGAGGAGAAAAGGGGGAAAUUGGGCCCAAAGGAGAAAAGGGCAUCAAAGGAGACAUUGGAGUGGAAGGUGUCCAUGGUGAAGAUGGGCAAAAGGGAGAGAAGGGGGCCCUUGGCUUUAAAGGUGACAAAGGUGAUCCAGGGCCCAUUGGGAUGAUGGGACCUACUGGGAUGAAAGGAGUUCCUGGUUUCAAAGGAACCAGGGGAGCUCCUGGCAAGAAAGGUUCAAGAGGUCCCAAGGGCUCAAAGGGCGAGACCUCAAGUGCCCCAAGAUCAGCUUUUAGCGUUGGCCUAUCCAAGCCGUUCCCACCCCCCAACACGCCGAUUAAGUUCGACAAGAUUCUGUACAAUGACCAGGAAGAUUAUAAUCCUUUGACGGGGAAAUUUAAUUGCAGCGUUGCUGGGGCAUACAUCUUCUCCUACCACAUGACAAUACGUGGGCGGCCUGCCCGCAUCAGCAUUGUGUGUCAAAACAAGAAGAUGGUCAGGAGUAGGGAGACUCUCUAUGGCCAAGAGAUAGACCAGGCAUCUUUCCUUACGAUUUUGAAAUUAAAUGUGGGAGAUCAUGUUUGGCUGGAGGUGACACGGGAUUGGAACGGGGUUUACGUUAGCGCUGAAGACGACAGCAUAUUUUCUGGCUUCCUCUUAUAUCCAGAUGAAAUAUUUGACACCUUGCUAUAA